ACGCGGUAGCGGCGCGGCCGCUCGGGCGGAUUUCGGCCGGGGCGGCGGCGGCGGCAGCAUGGCGGAGGACGGGGCGGGAGUGGGCCGCUUCAAGGCCAACUAUGCCGUCGAGCACAAAAUUGAGCCAUUCUACAAGGGUGGGAAAGCACAGCUGGACCAGACUGGCCAGCACCUCUUCUGCAUCUGUGGUAACAAAGUCAACGUCCUGGAGGUGGCCUCAGGGACCGUGCUACGGAGCCUGGAGCAGGAGGACCAAGAGGACAUCACUGCCUUUGACCUCAGCCCCAACAACGAGGUACUGGUGACAGCCAGCCGGGCAUUGCUGCUGGCCCAGUGGGCCUGGCGAGAGGGCAGCGUUACCCACUUAUGGAAGGCAAUACACACAGCCCCGGUGGCCACAAUGGCCUUCGACCCCACCUCCACGUUGCUAGCCACAGGUGGCUGUGACGGGGCCGUGCGAGUCUGGGACAUCCUGCGGCACUACGGGACACACCACUUUCGGGGCUCGCCCGGUGUCGUGCACCUGGUGGCCUUCCACCCAGACCCCACGCACCUGCUGCUCUUCUCCUCAGCCACAGAUGCCGCCAUCCGUGUGUGGUCACUGCAGGACCAGUCAUGCCUGGCCAUGCUGACUGCCCACUACAGUGCUGUCACUUCGCUGAGUUUCAGUGCUGAUGGCCACACCAUGCUCAGCUCCGGCCGUGACAAGAUCUGCAUCAUCUGGGACCUUCCGAGCCGGCGGGCCAUGAGGACCGUGCCAGUGUUUGAGAGCGUGGAGGCUGCUGUAUUGCUGCCAGAGGAGCCAGCGCCAGAGCUGGGCAUGAAGUCCCCAGGCCUGCACUUCCUGACAGCUGGUGACCAAGGCGUGCUGCGCGUGUGGGAGGCAGCAUCCGGGCAGUGUGUGUACACACAGCCUCGGCCACCAGGCCCCGGAUGGGAGCUGACCCACUGUGCCCUAGCCCGCACCGCUGGCUUACUUCUCAGUGUCACUGCUGACCACAACCUGCUGCUGUACGAGGCCCGCUCUCUGCGGCUGUGGAAACAGUUCGCUGGCUACAGUGAGGAGGUCCUAGACGUCCGCUUUCUUGGGCCUGAGGACUCCCAUGUCAUCGUGGCCUCCAACAGUCCCUGCCUGAAAGUGUUUGAGUUGCAGACGUCGGCCUGCCAGAUCCUCCAUGGACACACGGACAUCAUCCUGGCCCUGGAUGUGUUCCGGAAGGGGUGGCUCUUUUCCAGCUGUGCCAAGGAUCAGAGCAUCCGUGUCUGGAGGUUGAGCAAGGCUGGCCGGGUAUCCUGCGUGGCUCAGGGCUCUGGGCACACACAGAGCGUGGGCACCAUCUGCUGCUCCAGGCUGAAGGAGUCCUUCCUGGUGACGGGCAGCCAGGACUGCACUGUGAAGCUGUGGCCUCUUCCCGAAGCCCUGCUAUCUAAGAAGAGCACAACCCCAGAUGGCAUCCCUGUCCUCUUGCAGGCCCAGACCACCCAGCACUGCCAUGACAAGGACAUCAACAGCGUGGCUGUUGCACCCAAUGACAAGCUGCUGGCCACGGGCUCUCAGGACCGCACGGCCAAGCUCUGGUCCCUGCCACAGUGCCAGCUGCUGGGCGUCUUCUCAGGCCACCGGCGCGGCCUUUGGUGUGUCCAGUUCUCACCCAUGGAUCAGGUGCUGGCCACCGCCUCUGCUGACGGCACCAUCAAGCUCUGGGCGCUACAGGACUUCAGCUGCCUUAAGACAUUCGAGGGGCACGACGCUUCUGUGCUGAGGGUGGCCUUUGUGAGUCGCGGCACGCAGCUACUAUCCAGUGGCUCUGAUGGGCUCGUGAAGCUCUGGACCAUCAAGAACAACGAGUGUGUACGGACGUUGGAUGCCCACGAGGACAAGGUCUGGGGGCUGCACUGCAACCGGCUGGAUGACCAUGCCCUCACUGGUGCAAGUGACUCCUGCAUCAUCCUCUGGAAGGAUGUGACCAAGGCGGAGCAGGCAGAGGAACAAGCCAAGCAAGAGGAGCAGGUGGUCAAGCAGCAAGAGCUGGACAACCUGCUGCAUGAAAAGCGGUACCUGCGGGCGCUAGGCCUGGCCAUCUCCCUGGAUCAGCCCCAUACUGUUCUGACUGUCAUCCAGGCCAUCCGGAGGGACACAGAGGCCUGCGAGAAGCUAGAGGCUACUGUGCUCCGACUGCGGAGAGACCAGAAAGAGGCCCUGCUGCGCUUCUGUGUCACAUGGAACACCAACUCACGCCACUGCCACGAGGCCCAAGCCGUGCUGAGUGUGCUCCUCCGGCACGAAGCCCCUGAGGAUCUGCUGGCCUACGAGGGCAUGCGGGCAGCACUUGAGGCCCUGCUGCCCUACACUGAGCGGCACUUCCAGCGGCUCAGCCGAACACUGCAGGCAGCCACCUUCCUGGAUUUCCUGUGGCAAAACAUGAAGCUGCCCACUCUGCCUGCUGCAUCUCCAGCCCUCUGAAACUCAUAAAGUUGUACCUUUCCA